AUCUAACGAUGCUGACGGCUACCCAUCAUCGUUUACCAUUAUUGUGAAAAUAAAUAAAAAUUAUAGAACAAUAAUUGUGGGGAAUGUUUCGUGAAUUUUAGGACUUUUAGGAGUUUUUUUUUAUUAAUUUUAUUUAUAAGUGUAAAAAAAUAAUGAUGGCUAUCAAAGUGUGUUGUUUUGUGCUAUUUUUAAGUGUUUUCCAAUGGACUAAUGCUCAAUUUGGAAGUAUAGGUUUAAGUGUUGGGAUGGGAGGAAUCAAAAGCGAGGAUGAUCUUCUAAGUGUCCGAGGUCCAUGUCCACAAAAUACAACGUGUGUACCAGUCAGUUCUUGUCCACUGAUAGAAGACCUCAUGGACUUCUCUUGUUUUUCAUCAGAUAGAUAUUUCCACCGUCUCAACCAACUCAUAUGCGGCAAUGUAAAUGAUGAGGACUAUGUCUGCUGUCCUUCUUGUGACUGUGGGAAGGUCUUCCAAGAUGGGAUGGAGCAGUGUGGCCAGAGUAUGGUUAGAGGAGUUGAAUACAGUGGUCUUGGGAGUCAGCCUUGGACUGCUAGAGUUGGGUUCACACAUAAAGAGACGGGUAACGUGAGGUUUGCGUGUAGCGGCUCCAUCAUAGGAAAACGUGUGAUAUUGACAGCCGCACAUUGUGCCCUUGCUAAACCUGAAGGAUACAAAUUAUCAACGGUGGUGUUAGGUGAAUGGGACAUCGGCCGCAGCCCCGACUGCAAUGACUUCUUCUGCGCACCACCGACUCAAGCCAUCAAAGUGGAGAACGUUAUCGUACACCCAGGCUACGAGCAGAAGAUAUUCAGGCAUGAUAUAGCGCUAAUAAUUCUGAAGGAUGAGAUUAAAUAUUCAGUGACAGCAGCUCCGAUCUGUUUGAAUGAUAAGCCGGAAAUCAUCCUGAAUGAACGAGCAUCACUCGUUGGCUGGGGCAAACUCUCCGGUCAAAACAACGUGGUAAGCCGACAACAACAACUGGAAGUUCCACUAGUUCCCCUAGAAGACUGUGAGCGUGUCUUCGGGGAGUCGGUACCUGUGAACGAAGGACAACUCUGCGCAGGAGGCGAGGAGGGGAAAGAUGCUUGUUCAGGGUUCGGGGGAGCUCCUCUACUGUUGUUUAGAGAUGGAAAACAUGUGCAGGUCGGCAUCGUAUCUUUCGGCUCUGAGAACUGUGGCAGCGAAGGAGUACCAAGCGUGUACACGAAUAUCGCUCACUAUUAUAGGUGGAUCGUCGACAAUUCUCCUUCGUAACCUUCUUGAAACAUAUCUCCAAAAAUUCAAGUAAUUGUCGCCUAGUCACGAAAAUAUGGUGUUUUGUAGAAUGAUUCCGAAAACAUUUUGGAUCCAUAAAACUUAAAAUAUUAUUGCCGUC